AUGGAUACCCUCGACCCAUACAAAGUUAUUGGCAGCAACCGUAUAAAGAAGAAGCACCACGAGCGCGAGCAGCACGAGCCGGAAGAGUCCAUCGCUCACCUGCAGACCUCGGAGCCGCGCCAGUGCUACGGGCCGCAGUGCGCGCGCGCCGCGCUCUACGUCAAGUACUGCUCCACGCAGUGUGGCAUGCGUCUCGCUACUUCCAGGAUAUAUCAGGUGUUGCCGCAACGUAUCCAGGAGUGGUCAUUGUCGCCGUGCGUGGCGGAGCAGCGCAACCGCAAGGCGCUGGAGGUGGUGCGCAGCGGGCUGGCGCGUGCGCAGACGCGCGCGCUGGACCGCCAGCACGCACACAUCGACGCGCUCGCGCGCGCACACACCACCAUACUGCACACCGACGACAAGGAAGCGGAUGAUGAAACAUCAAUGUACUGCAUAACGUGCGGACACGAGAUCCACUCGCGCACGGCGGUCAAGCACAUGGAGAAGUGUUUCAUAAAGUACGAGGCGCAGGCGUCGUUCGGCAGCAGGCAUCGCACGCGCAUCGACGGACAGAGCAUGUUCUGCGACUACUAUAAUCCGGUCAACGGGACUUAUUGCAAGCGGCUUAGGGUGAUGUGUCCAGAGCAUUUCAAAGAUCCCAAAGUGAGCGAUACGGACGUAUGCGGAUGUCCGUUAGUGCGUAACGUGUUCGAGGCGACGGGCGAGUUCUGCCGCGCGCCGAAGAAGUCCUGUCUCCGCCACUACCAGUGGGAGAAGCUGCGCCGAGCCGAGAUCGACAUGGAAAGGGUGCGACAGUGGCUGAAAUUAGAUGAGCUGGUUGAACAGGAGAGGAGCAUACGACUCGCUAUGGCGUCUAGGGCUGGUGUUCUCGGCCUUAUGCUGCACUCUACAUACAACCACGAAGUAAUGGAGCGCAUCACAACCAAAGUGAAUGAAAACGGAAAACUCAAGGAGGGCUCCUGACAUAAAAAGUCUCGUCGAAUAGACGACAGCGACGGAAACACACCGCCCACAGAAGUUAUCGAUUUGGUGACGGAUUCACAAUGAACAGUGACAACCCUAAUUUCAGACUAACAGUCGUUUUCAAUAAACGAUCUCAAUCUUCAAUCCGAUUUCGAGAAUGAACCAAUCAAAACAAUUCAUUUUUAAGCAUAUGCAUGAGAACUUUGUUCUGAUUGGUCCAUUUGAAAAGACCGAAAAUAGCGAUUGGAUAAUUUAUUAAAGAUGACGGUAUAUCUCACUUAUAAAGACUAAUCCUCUAUAACCGUUUCAAACCAAUGUUUUGUUUCUUUCAUCCCUAUGCCAUAUAAAGGAAGGGAAAAAGUAAUGUAAUUUUUUAACGCUUUUGUGUGGACCUAUUAAUUACAUGAAAUACAAUAGCUAUUGAUUGCAAAA